AAUAGGUGAGUGUUGCCUUCAGUUUGUUUUACUGCAGAGUUUUCUUUAGCCACAAGGGUAGGCUGAGGUGAGCUGAUUUUUUUUUCAAACCCACGGUUAUACUAAUGUGAGGACUUGUUCUGAUACAGGAAAGACACUUGUACUAGCGGAAACUUGCAAGUUGGCUUGUUUUUUCGUGUUUGUAAUCUAAUAGUAUUUCCUACAAACUUCACGGAAGAAAAUGGAGAAUGAUAGAAGUGCCCAAAUUCAAAAAGCGAAACUCGCUGAGCAGGCUGAGCGAUACGAUGAUAUGGCUAAACUUAUGAAAGCAGUGACCCAGGUUGGGGUCGAACUCUCAAACGAAGAGCGAAACUUGUUGUCUGUUGCUUACAAGAAUGUUGUUGGGGCUCGCCGAUCGUCUUGGAGAGUUCUUGCUAGCAUUGAGCAGAAGACGGAGGGGUGUGAGAAAAAGGCGGAACAGGCGAAGGCUUAUAAGGAAACUGUGGAGAAUGAAUUGAAGGACAUCUGCGGCGAGGUUUUGAACCUUUUGGAUAGCCAUUUAAUUCCGAAGUCCACACAAGAUGAAAGCAAGGUCUUCUAUUUGAAGAUGAAGGGGGACUAUUACAGAUACCUUGCUGAGGUAGCAAAUGAAGAAACAAAAAAAACAUCUGUAGAGAAUUCUCAGAAGGCUUAUCAGGAAGCAUUUGAUAUCAGCACAAAUAAUAUGCAACCUACACAUCCAAUUCGUCUGGGUCUUGCGCUAAACUUUUCUGUAUUUUAUUAUGAAAUCCUCAACAGUCCAGAUAAGGCCUGUCAUCUGGCAAAACAGGCUUUUGAUGAUGCCAUCGCAGAACUUGACACACUGAAUGAAGAUUCUUACAAAGACAGUACUCUGAUCAUGCAAUUACUUAGAGACAACUUAACGUUAUGGACGUCGGAAAAUGCAGAUGAAGGUGAUCCUGAAAGUACAGGAGACGGCCAAAAUGCAUAGUGGUGCUUCUGCUCCCCAUACUGAACCUUUUUACACAUGUCCAUUCCUUAAUGUUCAACAAGGAUUUCCUUUUGCAGAGAACCCAUUCGUACUGAGCAACAGCCUAUGGAAAUUCACUUUGUAGUCCUUUCACACUGCAGCUUUGGAAACAGAGAGUUGCUAUUCCCUGGUUUGUGGUGUUUUUUGUCCUGGCCUAUUCUGGUGUGCGGUUACUGUUGUAGAAAAGCAUUUAAUAGCUUCACUUUGUGUAAUCAAACCUCAGCAGAAAGCGGACUAAAAUGUAUGUGUAAACAGCAGGUUAUGCUUGUUGUAUUACUGCAAAAAGUAAUUCACAUUUGGUAUUUGGUUUAUCCUUUUAUAAGUUCCGAAUUUCCCAGAGUAAUUUUUACUUGACUCAUGUGUUAACUUUUGUAAGGUUUUCUGGCUCAGAUUUUCUAUGCAGAGAGGGCCAGUUUAUGUAUGUUUGAGGAAUGUUCCCUGGUGCUUUUACAUGACCAGACUGCAUGUUCCUUUUUAAUGCACUAGCAUGGAAAUUUAAAUUAUAUUGGGGUACAAAACAGAAUUUAAUACUUUUCCAUGCAGAAUGUGCACAUGCAAGAGGAUGUUUAAAACAGAUCAGUUGAACACAAUUUUAAAAAGUGGACUGCUGUUAUGCAGAUUGAUUGUAGCCCCCCAAGAGUCUUGUGAAAAUGUUAAGUCCUUAUGUCAAAACAGUGUAACAAAAUAAAACAUUUUAUAAACCAUUUCUUUAUAGAUGCUGUUAAGAUGGUAUUUGCAAUUUCAUGAAAAAUACAUGUAUGUUGGAUUUAAACAGUGUAAAUCUGAUUUAAUCUUGGCACUGCAUAACUAAGCAUUACAGGGUGUUACUACUGUUUUUAGUAAAAUACAAAGCAAGAUCAUUUAGCCUUUA